AGCAGCAGUGCUGCUUGACAUUAGAUAGUGUUACUUACCUCUGCUUUGGAGCGCCACAGCAUGCCAAAAACGUGGCUCAGUUGCUAAUACGAGAUAAAGAUGGAGACGUUUGAAUAAGUCAUUACUGUCUUCAAAGCAGGGUCAAUGAGUUGUCGUCUGAGUUCUAUAGAGUAAGAUUUUAGCAUUACCUUACGAGGUGCUUAGCUAGCUGACAGGAGCUAAUUUAUUUAACUACAGGUAAACAUGAGUUCACCUCCGAAUCACGGUGACGUUAACGUCACGGACAAAGUGUCCAGCAAGCCCGUUUCUGCUGUCUCAAUAGUCGGACAUGUCCAGCAGGUCUUCAACCAUGUAAAGAUAGAGAACUUGGCCGCGGGACUGAGUGGAGGAGUGGUGUCAACACUGGUGCUUCACCCUCUGGAUCUGGUUAAAAUCAGGUUUGCAGUAAGCGAUGGAUUGGAAUUAAGGCCUAAGUACAGUGGCAUACUACACUGUAUGAAGAGUGUUUGGCAGCAGGAAGGACUCAGAGGACUCUACCAAGGAGUGACACCUAAUAUUUGGGGUGCUGGAGCAUCUUGGGGUCUCUACUUCUUUUUCUACAAUGCAAUCAAAGGAUACACAAAAGAGGGCCGUCAGACAGAACUGAGUGCCACAGAGCACCUGGUGUCUGCAGCUGAAGCAGGCAUCCUGACGCUCACCCUAACCAACCCAAUCUGGGUGACCAAGACCAGGCUAGUGCUCCAGUACAAUACUGACCCGACUAGUAAACAAUACAAGGGGAUGGUCGAUGCUCUGGUCAAGAUCUACCGCCAUGAAGGAAUGCCAGGAUUAUACAAGGGUUAUGUUCCUGGUCUGUUUGGCACAUCUCAUGGAGCGCUGCAGUUCAUGGCCUAUGAAGAGCUCAAGAGAGACUACAACAAGUACAAGAAAGUGCCAUCCGAUACAAAGCUGAGUGCAUUGGAAUAUAUCACAAUGGCAGCAUUAUCCAAAAUAUUUGCUGUGGUCACAACAUACCCAUAUCAGGUGGUACGAGCUCGCCUGCAAGACCAGCAUAAUAGAUACAAUGGAGUUAUUGAUGUCGUCAGACGGACUUGGAGGAACGAAGGCGCCAUCGGUUUCUACAAAGGCAUCAUCCCCAAUGUGAUUAGAGUCACUCCUGCCUGCUGCAUCACCUUUGUAGUUUAUGAGAAUGUGUCUCGCUACCUUCUGGGAAAAAAUUAAAAUUGGACGUAAAAGCAUGGCAUGGACAGCUGUAAAGACUCUGAGCUCACACAGACACUUUGGUGCCAUUCAGAGACACAGAGAGACUGAAACUGAACUCUCAGUGCAGUGUACAUGUAAAUGUCCUGAUGUGAGAAGCAUUCAUUUGCACUAAAAAUGAAUGAAGUGAUUGCCAAAUAGAGCAAUCAAUGGUGGAUUUUCAGAUGCAUGACAAACACUUUGACUUGUGGGGAAAAUUAUGAUUCUCUACACACCAAAGUACAUGUAGAUGUGAUGAAGUCAGCAAUUUUAUCAGAGGAGUUUGACACACAUUUCAUCAUGCUGUAGUUAUGUUUACAUUCUAUUUUUCUAGGCAGCAGAAAGGAAAGGUUGAAAAAGAUGAUUAUUGACAACAAAUUGGAGAUCUUCUCAGGGUUCCAGUUGUGUGUGUGUGCGAUAUUAGUUUGUUUUAGUUUUAAUUAUUUAUUUCAUGUGAACAGACAGCAGCAUUGAAGAUGCUUUUUGUUAAAGCACACCAAUACAGUAAUCGCACAAUUCAUUUUUUUACCCUGGCAACAAAUUGUAACUGCAUUGCUUUGUAACAUUUUAAUAUAAAAUCAAAACUGCGUUAUCUGCAUUGUUGUGUUUGAUAU